AAAUCCUAGAUAUAGAUAUAAACCGAGUCGGCGGAUUGGAUCUUGCAUCUUUGACUGCUUUUCGAUCCGCAGUUGUAAAUUUCCCUCUCCUGCCAAUUUCUAAGGGAAUGUCUCUAAUUUAAGAUAUUCUCCUCGCAAAAUUAGAUUAACCACUUGUAGCGAGAGUGGAACAGAGUGGAAUUCUGCAAUGAGAGCUGUUGUUUCUCCAAUAUAUACCAAGAAAAUAUAACAAUUUCGCGAUCCAAGAGGAGAGCGAAUGACUUAUCUAGAUGGACAUUUUUUGCAGCGCCCUAACGGAGGGGGGACUCUAACCAAUAGAAAGACAGAGAGGGCUUGGCUAUAACCUUAGCCUCCCAUUUUCUCUCUCUCCCUCUAUCCCCCCUCUUCUCCUCCUCUCCUCCUCCUCUAUGCAGGGCUCUGGCCAGUCAGUCCUCUUUGAUUAUCAGUCUCCAGCAGCCCCUCUCUUGGCUCCUUGACAUGAGCACCAUAUAAGGCGCAGCGAUCUCCAUAGAAACGUGUCAGUUUCAAUAGUAGUGUCAAAGUUCACUAUAUACAGACAUUCGCGCAGAUCCCCCGUUUCGGAAACAUUGCUCUGCUGGUCCUCUCGUUUAAGCGCAUUCAUUUUUUGGGGGUCUCUCGUUCUUCUUCUUCUUGCAUAUCCUAUUAGUACUAGUUGGUGUUUUUUCCUCUUUUCCUUUUUUUCCUCAAUCUUUUUUCUCUUCGUAUCUUCGUUCCUCCCCGCUGGAGAAAGGUGAAACUAUACAUGGGUACUUCAUUCGGCGACGCGGUUCUCCUUCGCAGCUGGGCGAGAUGAUGAGGUUUAUUUAAGAAUAUAGAUGUAAAAAGCCCAGCUCUUCAGUUUUUUCCUCCUCCUCCUCCUCCUAUACGACGAAGACGGGAGUGUAAAGGAGCAAGGGGAAGAAAGGAGAAAGGAAUUUAUCUCCGCAGCACUUUGGAUCGCGUCUUUCCAGCGAAAAGGUUUUGUUUUUUUUACUCGCUCCUGCCUUCCUUUUGUGGCUAUUUUUCAUCUGCCUGCAAUUUUUUUACGUUUGGACUCGGGUUUUCCUACAAGAUUAGGGAUUCCUGAAUGGCUGACUGCAAUUUACCUUGGAACUGGCCUCCCGAUACUUGCAUAUCCUGAUCGGGUGCCUCCUGAUUUUUGAAUGUAUUGAUCGUGUUUGCUCCCCUUCUUACCUCCCAUAUGAGAUUGCGUGCUCCGAUUUGACUUUGCACUGUCCCGUCUUUUGAGAUUUUUUUUUUUCUUCCUCCUCUACGCUCCAUAAACAUCGGCGAUCAUUUCGCUUUACAGCACUUUCCGGGGCCGAGAUAUGGCAAUGGUAGUUAGCGUAUGGCGAGAUCCGCAGGAAGACGUGGCCGGAGGACCUCCGAGCGGCCCCAACCCAGCAGCGCAGCCGGCGAGGGAGCAGCAGCAGGCGGCUUCGGCGGCGCCGCACACUCCGCAGACCCCCAGUCAGCCCGGACCCCCGUCCACGCCGGGUACCGCCGGGGACAAGGGGAGCCAGAAUUCCGGACAGAGCCAGCAGCAUAUUGAAUGUGUGGUUUGCGGGGACAAAUCGAGCGGCAAACACUAUGGCCAGUUCACCUGCGAGGGAUGCAAAAGUUUCUUCAAGAGGAGUGUACGCAGGAACUUAACGUACUCAUGUCGUGCCAAUAGGAACUGUCCAAUUGACCAGCACCACCGAAACCAGUGCCAAUACUGCCGGCUGAAGAAGUGCUUAAAAGUGGGGAUGCGGCGGGAAGUUCAGCGAGGAAGAAUGCCUCCAACCCAGCCCAACCCAGGCCAGUACGCGCUGACGAACGGGGACCCCCUGAACGGCCACUGCUACCUGUCAGGAUACAUCUCUUUACUGCUGCGGGCUGAGCCUUACCCGACCUCCCGGUACGGGAGCCAGUGCAUGCAGCCCAACAACAUCAUGGGCAUCGAGAACAUCUGUGAGUUGGCGGCUCGCUUGCUCUUCAGCGCCGUGGAGUGGGCGAGGAACAUCCCCUUCUUCCCCGACCUGCAGAUCACCGACCAGGUGUCCCUUCUCAGGCUGACGUGGAGCGAGUUGUUUGUGCUUAAUGCGGCCCAGUGCUCUAUGCCUCUGCAUGUGGCCCCUCUGCUCGCCGCGGCGGGCCUGCACGCCUCGCCGAUGUCCGCGGACCGCGUCGUGGCUUUCAUGGACCACAUCCGGAUCUUCCAGGAGCAAGUGGAGAAGCUCAAGACCCUGCACGUAGACUCGGCAGAGUACAGCUGCCUCAAGGCCAUCGUGCUUUUCACAUCAGACGCUUGCGGCCUGUCAGACGCCGCUCACAUCGAGAGCCUACAAGAGAAGUCACAGUGCGCCCUGGAGGAGUACGUCAGGAGCCAGUACCCCAACCAACCCAGCCGCUUUGGGAAGCUCCUGCUGCGGCUGCCCUCUUUACGCACCGUCUCCUCCUCGGUAAUCGAGCAGCUGUUCUUCGUCCGCUUGGUAGGUAAAACUCCUAUUGAAACCCUCAUCAGGGAUAUGCUAUUAUCCGGGAGCAGCUUCAACUGGCCUUACAUGUCCAUCCAAUGAUCCUUAUAUGACAAAUAAACAGAGAGGAGGAGGAGGGGAAAAAGGACCAAAUUUCUGCACCCCCCACCCCCCCCCCCCCCACCUCAUCCUCCUUCAAGAAGACUAUAUAUAGGACCUUUUUUUCUGAGAAACUUUGCGGAAGACAUUACUUUUUUCUGUCUUCUGGGACAGCGACGGAAUACAUUAUGUACAGAAAAAUAUUGGAACUGGACUUUGCGCCUGUGUAAAUCCGCACCCUCAUCUUCAUGAACAGUACUCUUCAUUUUGUAAAAUACUAGUCUUUAUUUUCUUUUUUUUUUUUUGUAAAAAAAAUACAAAUAAAAUGAAAAACAUCAUAUGCGCAGUAAGAAAAAAAAUGAAUCAAGACUUAGCGGGAAAAUAAUGUUUCCAAGCAAUUAUAAGAAUUGUCCUGUGUCUAUGUACCUCUCUGUUUUGUAUUUUUUCUGGUUCUAAACCAGGGUUUCUGUGAUUCUAUACUAAUAAUUUUUUGAUAUAACCUUUUGCUUCUUAUAAUGAGUGCGGUAUAUGUUGUCGAAGCUAUGUUCUCCAAGAAUUAAAAAUUGAAGCGAGAAUUUAAAAGAACAAAAAAACAAGACAAAUGAAAUGAAUUUAGACGAAUAAGAAACAGUCUAAUCGCUGUGACAAUAUCAACACUGAUGGUUGAACUUUUUAUUUUGUUUUUUUAUUUUUUUAUUAUUUUUGACCCCCCUUCUCCCCCCUCCAACUGAUACAAUGGACCUGCAGCAGAAGCAGCAAAACAAACUGACCUCCAGGACGUUUUUACUGACAUUUUUACUCCGUCUGGGGCGCCUCCCCCCACCCCCUCCCCACCCCUCUCCACCCCCUCCCCUGGACCACGAGUGCGUGUGGAGUCGAUCAUCAGUCAAAAGAAAAAAAAACAUGAGACAUGAAAUUCAAAAAGCACUUUUAAUAUAUCAUUUCAAAUACAUUUUGUUUGUUUCGUCUUGAAGAUUUUCAUUGUUUCUUGAAUUUUAUUGGUUGUUGCCUUCAAUUUUGCUUACUCCAUGAUGCAGCUUUUAUUUUAAUUUUUUUUUUUUUUUUUUUUUUUUUUUGCAGAAGGGUCGGUUGAUGAAGUUGUGUGAUGGUGACUGUACUAUUAAAAAAGAAAUAGGCAACGAUGUCUCACUCUCAAGCAUUUUCCUGGGGACCUAAUGUUUUUUUGUUUUUUUUUUUACAAAUCAGAGGAAAUGUGUUGUUUUUGUGUGCGCUGCAACUACAGUUGUUGAAACCACUGUUAAAACCUACCCGUGAAAACAAAUUGUUACACGGGAUUAAAGGGGGAUAAUAAUGACACAACAGAGGCAUAUAUUAUUUGGAAAGGGCCAUGACAUAACUGACAGCGCGGAUACAAAGAAGAAGGAUGCAAUACCAGCCUGUGAGCGCACUAAUAUUUAAUAUGUUCCCCAGACAGAGGAAAGCCUCUAACCCAGAGCCACCCCUGUAACCUUCUUCCUGUGGUGUGGCUUAACUAAGGUGUUUCUCUGCAUACCCAACAAUGCCCCCCACCCCUUAAAAUAAAAUUUAAAAAAAACGUCUGCCCUGAUAGCGCAUUGCAUGCUCUGUAUCGACGUGGGCGUAUUUGGCAAAACAGGGUUGGGGGGACGGGGGUCUGCAAAGCUGCUGUGAUUUGCGUGAUCAAUCUGGAAAAUGUAUUUUACAGCAUGUAAGCCAGUCGAUAGGGACACCGAGUGUGAUGCAUUGUGAGGGAAUGGAGAGGGAGGCAGGGAGAGAGAGAACAAGAGAGAGAGAGAGAGAGUGCUGAGAAAAACGAGAGGAGAAGCGUGUUGGAAGAAAGUCAAAUGUAUGACUGUGUGUGUGUGUGUGUGUGUGUGUGUGUGUGUGUGUGUGUGUGUGUGUGUGUGUGUGUGUGUGUGUGUGUGUGACGGAGUGUAAUGAGUCCACCGAUAAGUCCUCAGUGUGUGAGAUGGGUUACUCACUAUCACUGUCCUUGCUGUGGUCUAUCUCUGCGAUGUCUUUGUCUCCAUUUACGCCCCAAAUGACAGAAGGGAAACCCAGUUAUUUACCUGCGCCACAAUCACAGUGUAAAGAGUGAUAAGAUAUGGUAAAAAAAAAAAAAAAUGGUGUUCUGAGGAAGAAAAUAUGGUUUAGGCUUGACAUUUCUUGAGUUAUCAUGAGAUGAGCUGCUUCUGUGUCAUUUUGCCCAAAUCUUUGUCUUCAGGCUUGGCGGUGAUCAGGGACAGCAGAGCAGAUAUGUGAUAUAUGUUCGCCUGUUUAUUUAUCAGCCCUGUGUUUGUCUGUGUAACUUUCAGUUAUAGGUAUUUUUUGCACAGCUUAUUUCCUCAAAAAACUUUUAAGGUGUAACUGCCUCUAAUAAAGGAAGGAUGUGGCUCCAGGAA